AUGUCGGUCUGGGGCGGCGAGCAGGGCCGCAUCGCCGGGCACAAGAUGCUGGUGGAGCCCAUGAUCCAAGGCGAGUACAUGAAGUUCAACAGCAACACGGGACACGCGGAGCCGGAUUCGGCCACCAUGCAGGCCUUGAGCCACUUCUCCUACCACGCCUCGAACGGCAGGUACUUGCUCUGCGACCUUCAAGGCGGGCGCUACAAUGGAUACUACAUCCUAACCGACCCGGUGAUUCACAGCAAGUCCAAGGAGUUCGGCGGAACUGACCUUGGAGCAGAGGGCAUCGAGAACUUCAUGGCCCACCACGUGUGCGGUCGCUUCUGCAGCCCCAACUGGAAGAUGCCGCCGGCGCAGAAGCUGAUCCCCCACUUCCAGGCGGUGUGUGGCACCACCUUCGGCGAGGCGGAGCAGCUCUUUAGCGCGCAGAGCCGAAAGCAACUCGAGAUCCAGGUGAAGAAGGAGCUGCGGAUUUCUAUCCGGAAGGUCUGGGAAAACGCGCUGCCUGUGAACCAGAUUGUCAUCCACAAGUCCAAGAAGGGCACCAACCGCCUGGUGGAGUGCUCCACCUAUGAGGGCGCUCGUGUGGAAUGCAUGCGAGUGGGGGUGUACCGUGCCGACAUCAAGGAGACCUUCCAGAUCGAACCCUCCGCCGUCCAAACGCUUCUCGAGGACCUCAAAGCCACAGUGGAUUUCUUCCUCUUGGAGGAAGAGAAGGUGAAGCUGGAGGACGUGGAGAACUACCAGGAGAUCCUCGCAGAAGUGGAGGCACAGCUGCGCGCCCUUUGCGAUCCCGACAAGGCGCGGAGCCGCGGAGCCGCAGAGCCGCGAGGCUCAGAACGCCGCAUCGAUGGAGCGACAAAUGACAUGAUCCUCCUCAACGAUGCGUCGACCGAGCAGCCGUCCCUGUUCCAGCGUUUUCUUUGCUACUGCCAGCCCCAGGUCAGGGUGAAGAAUACCAUGGACAAGGUCCCACAGCUCAAAGGCUUGGCGGGCCUUCUGGUGCAAGACGGGGACCACAUCACCGGGGGGUCACUUUUCACCCUGAAGUACGCGAAGUGGGACCCUGAGAAGCGCACGGCCAUAGUGCCGGUGGACGGAGGGGCCUGCUGGUGGUUUUCGGGCACCGCGGGCCUGUGGACGGCAACGGCGUACAGCCCCUUGUUCUGCGUCCUCGCGAACGGCGCCAGGUGCAGUAACUUUACCUACAACUUCAGCUUCUCAGAGGACUUCUUGUUUGGGAACAUCGACAUCUCGGUGAACCCGUGCCUUUGCUUGCCUUGGCUACCACCCUGGUUAACGGUGCCGCGGUGUAUCCAGUCCUUCACCAUGAAGCAAGACAACGGCUCCAUGGACGGCACAGACUGGUCGCGCUACAACUCCACCCUCGGGUGCCCUGCGCAGUUCUAUUACAAGCUGCGAGAGGUUUGGGACGUGGAUGGCAACCCGGGGAAAUUCUUCGAGCGGCUCGAGAUCGUGCCGCAGGGGUUCCGCGCGGAGGUGGCAUCGCAAGUGGGGCGCAUCACACAAGAGACCUCCCCGCUGAAGACGCAGAAGGCUCCGGGGGAGGAGGAGAAAGAGGAUGGCUAUCAGCUCAAGAUGGUGGAGUAUGAGGUGAUCGAAGGCAAGGGUGGUAUCAAGUCGGGCGGCAAGAAAGUGAAGAAGUCUUCCUAUCGCGUGAUCAAGGACGACUUUCCUUUGAUCUACCAUCUGGAUGUGGGUGCCAUGUACCCGAACAUCAUCCUGUCCAAUCGCCUGCAGCCCAUGGCGAUCGUGGACAAGGAGUUUUGCAACUCCUGCUCCUACAAUGACCCCGCCAACAAUUGCCAGCGGGAGAUGGAGUGGAAGCACCGGGCCGACCUCUAUAUGGCUACCAGGGCAGAUGUGAAGGCCAUUAUCAAUGAGAUGGAGAGCGAGAAGCGGCUCUACAACCAUAAGGACAGAGACUCAGGGGAGGUCUCCCGUGUGAAGUGGUCUGAGCUGGCUGAGAGGGAGCGCACGGAGGAGAUUAUCAAGGCAGUGCGCCAGUUUUCGCAGAAGGCCUACAAGCGGCUCAAGAGCUCCGUCUACGAGGACAAGAAGGAUAUCGUUUGCCAGCGCGAGAAUCCGUUCUACGUGAACACGGUCCUGAACUUCCGCGACCGGCGAUACAUGUUCAAGAAGCAGGCACGGAUCAGUGGGCAAAUUGUUUGGCCUCCCCUCGCGAUUCUAAGCGAUGGAUGCCGGGUCGCCCAGACGAAAGAGUGGAACAAGAAGCUGGAGAAGGCGGAAGAGAGCGGGCGCCUCAGGACUCUUGGCCUUCCGGAAGGAGCCAGCCGUGCGGAGAUCAAAUCCGCAUACCGCCGACUGGCGCUGAAGUUUCAUCCGGACCUGGACAAGUCCCGUCAGGCCACCUCGCGGUUCAUGGAAAUUCGCAAUGCCUACAAGCAACUCAUGGCCUCGCCAAGUCGCCAAAGAAGAAGCCCGCGGAGCCAAAGGAGUCGGGCGGAGCACAGCCCAGAACCCCGCGCCAGGCGGAGCAAAGCGUCCGGAGCGGGCGCCAAGUGA